GUUGCCGUGACAACGAGGAACAGUUACGAGACGGUGCGACCCGGAGCAGAAGAUGGAAGGAAUUGUAAUGUGAUGCUAGACUUUGUUGAAGCCACGCCACAGUGUUUCCUGAUUGAGCAUGUUAAAAAAUAAGGAUCGUUCAUCUACAAAAGGUAACUUAGCAGUCACUGCAGUUGCCUUACAGGACCCACAUUUUAUUGACCUUCAACUUGGACAUCUCGUAGCAGAUCCUUGUAAGACAAAUGCGCAAAAGAAUGAGAACAAGACAAAAUCUCUCAAAAGAGACACAACGGCCAUAAUAGAUACUGGGCUUAGAAAAACUACAGAGGGCCCCAAAGUGGAAGAUCCAGAAAGGGAGUAUGUUCUAGAUCCCACACCGCCAGCGCUAACUUUAGCCCAGAAACUGGGCCUUUUUGCACCUCCCCCAUUGCCACUGUCGUCAGAUGAAUGGGAGAGAGUGAAGCAGAUCCUCCUACAAGGGGACUCCAUGCAGCCAUGCCCGAUAUGUAAAGAAGAUUUCUCUCUGGGUGGACAGGUGCUGCUUUCCUGCUCACAUGUAUUCCACAAGGCAUGCCUUCAGGCUUUUGAAAAGUUCACAAAAAAAACCUGUCCCCUCUGUAGAAAGAACCAAUAUCAAACCAGAGUGAUACAUGAUGGGGGCCCGCCUGUCAGAGUAAAGUGUGCCACCAGAGUCCAAGCCUACUGGAGAGGGUACAUCGUUAGAAAGUGGUACAGAAACCUAAGGAUAGUCCCUCCUACGGAUGCCAAAUUAAGGAGAAAGUUCUUUGAGGAAAGGUGGUUCACAGAAAUCAGCCACCGACUCUUGUGCUCAUACAACACCAACAUAGAUGAACUCUUCUCAGAAAUCGACCUCUGCUUGGCUGUAAAUCGCAGCAUUCUUCAACAGCUAGAUGAAAGAUGUGGCCAUGAGAUCACUGAGGAGGACUGGGAGAAAAUCCAAGUGCAGGCUGCUCACCGAGAGAUCUACGAGUGUUCCAUUUGCCUGACCCCACUCUCCUUCCAUGGUGACUGCCGGCAAGCAGCUGUAGGAGCCAGCAGCCAGCGUCCCCGUGAGACAGUCCUCCUCUGUGCACACCUGUUCCACCAUGCCUGCCUCCUGGCCUUGGAAGAGUUUUCCCUGGGAGACAAUGCUCCUUUCCAUGCCUGUCCUCUCUGCCGCUCCUGCUACCAAAAGAACAAUUCUUAA